UGACAGAAAAUAAUUCGACAUUUAUGCAUUAAUAACGACUAUUAUAUAAAUUACCUACAUAUGUAUACGUUUCGUUUAUGAGUAAUCGUUUGUGAAAAAAGAGAUUAAUCACUAAAACUUCCUGUUAAAAUGUAAUUUGCUAAUGGAAUGUAGAUCAAUAUAUAUCAUCUACCUAAUGUUAUGACACACUGAAAUGGACUUUACAUAUAACAGACAAGCAAGACUUGAAUCGUUCAAAGUUGCUUAGUUGGCAAUUUUUCAUUAAUUGAUUAAACAUUCUGUUCAUUAUGAAUAUUCUCUCAAUAUUUUAAUCGGUCUUUAUAAAUUCUAGUAUUAACUGAUUAAAGUUUUUAAAUGUAUUAAAUAUGAAAAUAAUAUUAUUAUCUCCUCUAUUCCUUGUUCGCAUUUAGCCUGUCAUGUAUCAUCAUUUACAUUGUCGCUAUAAUAAUUGUCAAUAAUAUUGUUACAUCCUAUUUAAUGGAUUACUAUCGUAGCUAACGUGAUCGUAUUUUUAAAAACUUGCAUUUUUCACGUCAAAAGUUUGCACGAACGUUUCGUAAAUAUUUAAUGUUCAUCCUUGGAUAAAAGUACUUGCAUCUACUCACGAGAAUUCAGUUAUUAACGAUUCUCGUAGUCUUUCGAAUGUUCUCGUAUGUUCCCUAUUGUUUUUCUGUGUGAUAUACGCGUGCACUAUUCGUGACGUUCUAGAACGAAGGAAAGAGACAAUCAAUUUGAACGCAAUGAAAAUUCUAAUGUAUUUAAAUGUUAUUUCUAUCUUUUUCCAUUUAACGGGAACUGAAAUGUACAAUAACGAAACGCUGUACAUUCCUUUAAUAAAAUGGAUUCGCAGCUACUAUUCGGCUUCUGCUGUCUUUUUGUUGCAUUCGUCUAGCGAGAAUAAAAAUUUCGAUGAUUGGAAACUAGCAUAUUUAUCACACACAUGGUCUCGUCUUCUUCAUCGUGAACAAAUUGCAACUUUAAGUAGCACAUUCAAGAAUAUUCACGCGCUAGAUAGAAAUAAUAUACUCCGACCGUUGGCCAUCGUUCUUAUAACCGGAUCUGACGCAGUUUUUGAGUUUUCAAAGUACUCCAAGUCCUUUAGAAUAUCGCAUUUUGCAUGGUUUGUGAUAUUCGUGCCUACGGCGAAGCUCGCGGAAAACUAUUGUUACGAUCCGCCGGGAAAUCCAUUUAAUUUGUUAUAUGACACUGAAAUGUUGGUAAUGUGUCCCGGUGACCCUGUUCUUCGUGAAUGGUAUUCCGUGGAUGGGAACAACACCGUCAUUUCCGAUUUAGUCAAGUGGUAUCCAAAGAAACAAUUGACGUCUCCAACAGCAGUUGUUAACUUGUUGUCCAACUUGACUCUGCACGAGAGGAGGAAUGACCUGAAAGGAAAAGUUCUGCGAGCUGUCACUAUCAAGGCAAAGAUUCACACAUUCACGCGUAACGAUUUAGGUGGAGUCAUCAGAGUUUUAACACGUACAAUUUUCGUUUGUCUGCCGCAGAAUUCGAUAUUCGCGACAAAAGAUGACAAGUUGGAAGGAUAUUUCAGUAGAGCGGUCAACGAGCUUGAAAAUUAUCUAAAUUUCACUCUCGAUAUCGUGACCGAGGAAAACGAAUUUGGGAGUUUCAAUGUGACGACGAAACGUUGGAAUGGCGCGUUUCGUUUAGUUGCUUCUGGAGAAGUAGAUAUCGGAUUGUCCGAUUUUUCGAUGACCAAUAUUAGGCUUGAUUAUGUCGAUUAUACGGUUCCUAUUAUUACUACUAGAGAUUGUUUGUAUUUUAAGCAACCAGAAAUGUCAGCGGUGAAAUGGCUUGCUUAUUAUAAGGCAUACAGUUUCGCGCUCUGGAUGUCUGUACUCGUGACAAUUAUAAUUGCUCAAUUUACUUUGGCUUUUAUAAGAUCUCGAAUAGAAUCCACUGAUCUAACCGUGGAAUUAUACCAUGAAUUUAUUCGAAUUUGGGGUAUAUUCUGCCAGCAAGGUAUUACAGAAGAAUUUCCACGGUAUUCGUCGCUAAGGUUAGCAUACUUUACCGUACUUGUUACCGGUAUAGUGAUGUUCGCCGCUUAUUCCGCGUCUAUGAUAUCCUUUGUAACAGCUUACGUUCAUAAUCUACCUUUCCACACGAUCGAGGAGUUUGUGAAUGAUGGUGCAUACGAUGUAAUCCUCAAUAAAGAUUCCGCAGAUUACGACAUGUUUGCCCUAUCGAAAGACCCCGUAUCGGAACAUAUGAUGGCCAAACUAAGGCCGAUACAUACUCUACCAAUCACCGUAGAAGAUGGAUUUCAAAAGAUCUGCGACGAUCCUACAUUAGUGUACUACAGCGGUUAUGGCAAACAAAUGCAGGAAAUAGCGAAUUUUCAUAUUCCUUGCGAUAUCGUCUGCAUUAACUCUGGCCGAGUGGAUAGUUUGUCCCUGAUCCUUCCGAAAAAUAGUCAAUUCACCUCGAUCCUGAAUUACUAUGUGCAGAAACUUCUGAACACUGGUCUAUUGAACCGGUUUAAGAACGAAGUAUUUUUCAUGAAGAAGAACAAAUUUCAGCCGGUUGGAUUUUAUAGCGUGGCAUCUGUGUUAAUAAUCUUUUUCGGUGGUGUUUCACUAGCCAUUGUUAUAUUAAUAGUAGAGGUGUAUUACAAUAGGUAUAGAAAAUCUAAAUAAUUCAAUCGCACAAUUAACAAAAGGUAAAUUCGUCAAUAUAUGCGUAUCAAAGUGUUGCCUCCCUUUCGGUUUGGCCGCCAAGGCCUACCCCUCGUUACACUGAUCUGCAAGAAACCCAAGGAACCACCAUAAACCGAAUCUUUCCAGCUUAACUUCUAUUCACACAAGUAUUUUCGGUUUAUGGAUAGUCCUUUGAACGGUCUUUGGGUUUAUUGCAUACUGUUGCUAAUUACGGAGAAAGCAGAUGUGCCCCGCGAAACAGCUGGUUUUUCCCAAGAACAAAGACACCCACGAGCCCAAUCGGCAGGAGACUUUCUCCUCGUAUUUUGUUUAUUAACAUUGGCUAUAACCAAUGGGCAUCGCGGAUCGUUACCCUCACUCACUUUUCUACCGAAAAGUGUGAACAAUGAAUCCGCGUCCUUAGUUCAGAAAGGGUACACCCACAUCGAGCUUUCCUCGAGUCAAGUCACUGUUCUUCUACUCCUCGGACAGUCAAGUCACUGCUCUAACAUAUCUCGGACUGUUAUUUCGCUCAUCGGGCAGUCACGUCUACUAUUCUAACACGUUCUCGGCAUUCAACGCGCUAACGCUAUCAACCCUCGGGUCAAUCAGUGUACUUUCCGCCGACAUCAAAACAUUUUCUGUCUAUGUUCUACGUGUUGUAAUGUGGUGUAAAUAUAUCUAUAUUAUAUAACUGUAGACUACAGUUAUUCAACAACAAACACCCCUAUUAUUCGAAAAGAAAUAAGGGGAUCGCUCUGCUCGCGGUGUCGAUUCGUAUAAUCGUAACGGGA